UAACUCCGAAAAACACUGAUAAAAGCUCUCAUCGGACUGGAACUUUAUCUUGUUUAUACUUUAACAGGUCAAGGCCAGUGUUUCUUUGAUUAUCUUUUGAGAACAAAAUACCACCCAAGCAGUAUAUUGAAGCGAGUGCAUGCAAUAUGAAACUUCUAGUAAUAACUGGUGACGACUUAGGGUACAGCAAAGAGAGAAAUGAAGGACUUGUGCACUGUUUCCGAAAGGGUGCUAUCACACACACCUCCCUGAUGGUGAAUGGAGUUGCUGCAGAACACGGGGUCAUGAUGUGCAAGAAAUACUCCGUACCAAUGGGACUACAUUUCAAUAUUUCUGAGGGAGUUCCAGUUUCUGAAGCAACAAAGUCAAGCAGCCUUGUGGAUAAAGAGGGAAUAUUUCUCGAGAAACAAAGUUUUUGGAAAGCUGCAAAUGAUGGAAAUUUGGACAUUAAAGAUGUGAAAGUAGAGUUGGAGGCACAGCUGACGAAGUUUGAGGAACUUGUUGGACAUCCCCCGAUUCAUGUUGAUGGACAUCAGCAUUCCCAUAUAUUUCCUAGUACAAGAAAGGCCUUUGCUGAGGCCCUGGGUUCCCGCGGCAUCAGGAGCACGAGGCUGCCAAUUGACCCUGUUAUCCUGUCUGGUGACUGGAUCCCAAGCAAAUACUUUGAUUCCUUCAAGCUGAUCAUAGAGUUAUCUCGUCAGAGUCUGCCAGUGUUCCGGCAGAAUGGAAUCAGAGUCAGCGACUGUUUCUUUGGACUGUGCACCAUGGGGUACGACAUGACAGUCGACAGACUCAAGACCGGGCUAAUUAAGGCAUAUGAGUCUGUUGACUCAGGAGGAGAUAACUCCGUUUGUGAGUUGAUGGUUCACCCAGGGUAUAUGAACGGGGAGGUGGGAGGGUGUGGCACAGGUCCCGAUGACUUCUCGCAAUCAGAGGAAAGGGAACACGAAAUAAACGUACUUAGUGACAAAUCUCUACAGGCGUUCUACUCACAGGAACAGAUAAAGCUGGUGCCUUUUAGUGAAUGCUGGCAAUGAAACCCUAAUGGACUGUCAACGUUUUAAAAUAGCAAGGUCUGAAAUUAUGGUAUGUGGAAUUAAUGUCUGAAGUGAUGCAGGCUUCAUCUCUUAGUUGAAUUGUCUAUGACAUCACAAUUUGGGCAGAUUUGCUUCCCUUUGACAAACCAGGAGCUAUGACCGGUUUAGGAGGGCCAUGGAUGGCCCAGUUUUCUACUGCAUUGCAAUUUGCUGUACAUAUUUGCUUCCCUUUGGCAAACCAGGAGCCUAUGACCUGUUUAAGUUCUGUUUUGUCACGAUGAUGUUUCUAGGCAGUGUAUGAAUUAACUUUGAAAAGUCACAAAAGUCCGUCAUAAGGAGGAGGUCUAGUUAAGUAAAAUGUUGCUUGCACCCAUCAUACUUCACUGGCCCUGCAAAAUAUCAACAUCAAAAUGCACAUCGGUCAGAAUUGGUGUGAUGUUUAGUAAUCGAAGAUGGUAAGCUAUUGCCGCCCCUUCAAAACAAUAUAUAUCAAACAAACACAAUCAAGUUAAACGUUACAUUUGUAUUGUAAUGGUUCCUAACCUCUUUUGUGCAAUGCUAUUAACAUUUUUUUAUAUACCGAUCUUCGUGUGACAAUGAGAUGAUAAAUAUCACAAACCUUUUGCGGACGGAAUUUUAACACCCUGAUAAUUAUAUUCAUGUGCAUUACAUAAAGAACAAAUUAUCUGCGAUUUUCAGCUAGCCAGCCGGGAUAACUUUAACAAUAUAUUACUGGCCCGAUUAACAAUCAGCUAGCAUUUGGCCAGCGGGCCAGCAGCUAUUUCGAAUGCUGAUGUCAGCACCAUGCCAAUAGGUUUCACCAAAGAGUUUAAUGUGAGAGGCUUGCAUCACUUUCCUCCCUUAUGAAGCAGUGAAGCCGACCCAAGAAAUAUGUCUGUUUCCGGUUACCCGACUGACCCUAAAUCUUUUUAAACUCAUGACUGGAGUGCAUUUCAACUCAUCAAUUUUCAUCCAAAUUGAGUAUAUUUUCAUGUUUUUCAGUGUACGUAGGGCUAAAAUGGAUUGCAUUGAAUUGGCAUAAUGGGCUCUCACUGACAAAACCUGCAAAUAAAUAACAUGAAUAAUGAUUUGAUACAGAAAUCUUUCAAUGUUUCAUCACAAGGCAUUGUAACAAUGUGAUAUGGUAUCCUUAAAGACUUUCUCAGGUGCCCACCUGGUGCUACUAAAAAAUAAAAAAAAAGAGUUAAAAAAAAGAUAAAAUCGACCCACCUGCCCUAUGUUAUAGGAAACGGACAUAUAUUUUUCUUUUGGCCUGAUAUAACUUGAAAAUGAUUAAAAGCAACUCAUUGACAUACUUACUCUUUGAUGAAACUUCCAAACAUGGUAUUGUGCUGAGCAAACAAGUAAUACAAGCAGGGCAAAUCCAGGAUUGAACCCACGUUCCUUGCAGGCUUAUAAGGGAGACAACUCUCACAGCCUACAGACAACUGUGCCACACAAAAUCCCAACAAUUAUCCCACUAUUGAAUGCUGAUCUGUCCGAUACUGAUCUUCAUUCCAUAUUCAGUACAUCUAUCUCAUUUUCAUCAAAGUAACAUAUUGAGAAAGAAAAAUGCAGACAGAAGCGUGUCUCCUCUCACUCGUAUAUGUCAUUACAAGUAUAUAUGUGCAUAUAUUCUAGUCAGAUUGAAUCAUUUGGAUAAUGAACAUUAAAUGUGAUAGCUGUUAUGUUCCAUGGUAAAGUGUUGUCCGGUAACUUUAUACGUUUAUUCGACUCUCACCAAUCCUAGCAUAACUUUUUAAUGUGUUUUAACUUUCACAAUGUGUACUUGUGGCAAUAUAUCAUCUUGACAUUUAUAUCUCAUUUCUUACCAGUUAUUCAUGUAUGCGUGUCCCAGUGACUGAAGGAACCAUCGCAAUGUGCUAGAUUAUGUCAUUCUAGUUAUUUGGAUACCUGUGAUGGUUUCUGUUUGGUUCUGCAUUUAACAAAUAAUCCCCCAAGAAAGUUAUUUCCCAUUCCAUCACAGCUUCAGUUUCCAUACCUUCAGUUUGUUAAGUGCUAUUGUUACAAAUGUAAGUAUAUUUUUGCCUAUUGUUGUGAUUAAAAUUAAUAUUUUUGAAAAUUAUUUUUGCUAUGAUAAAUGUUUAUAACGGUUAAUUGUUGCAAAUGUAAUGUCUUUUUUUAAUGGUUAUAGAAUCUAGUGGUGAAUGUUAAUAUUUUUACUGCUAAUUGUUGCAAAAUAAUGUGUAUGUCCAGGUCAGGAAAAGGCAAACAGUGAUGUCUUGAAAAAAUGAAAUUUUAUAUAUGUAUGUGCUGUAUUUCACCCAAAUACACUGAAGUAUCA